UUGACGGUACGACCGAGCCGAGAGCACAACGCGGACGGCCACGGCGAUGUUUAGUUUUUAAGUAGUAAACUAACAUAUAACACACACCACAAUUCACAUUACAUUGAUAUAAGUCAUAACUUAAGUCAGUUAACAUCAUCACCAAAGUGCUUGCUUCAAAUUCAUGUGUUCAGAUUCAGAUUCAGAUUCAAAUUUAGAUUCAGAGAGCUGAGAAGUUAAUAGUUCAUUAUUAAAAAACGAUAAAGUUUUAAGUUAAAGUGCGCCAAGUACAAGACACCAAAACACCAAGACAUCGAUCGCAUUCACAUCGAAUCAACGACAUGUGUUUCAGUUUUAAAACAAGUCAAAAGGUUCGCUGAGAUCAACAUUCACAAGAAUGAAAUAAUCAAGACAUAAAAAUCAACAAUCCAUCCAGCAAAAACCACAUCUGUUAUGUGUGCUACUAUAAAACCAAUAAAUUAAAAAAUAAAUUAAAAAAAUUUAAAUAUAAAAAGAAAACAGUGCUACCAACAUAGUUAAACCAAAAAUGAUGUACAAAAUAAUUUGCGUAUUGUUGAUGCUAACGAUCAACAAUACAUACUCAUACGAAAGUACAAUAAAACCAAUAAAAUGUCCAAAAUAUUGUGAAUGUAAUGAAAUUAUUAUAAAUAAACAUCCAUUAUUCCAUAAUCAACUUGGUGGAGUUGGAGGUUCAGACUCAACACAGUUGAUCAACACGAAAAGUAAACAUAAUCGUAAUUCUAUGUUAAAUGUUAAAUGCAUCAACACGGAAUAUUUAAUAAAAUUACAAAAUAAAAAUGUUUAUAAAUUAGAUUUAUCAAAUCAGAAUAUAAAAAAAUUUAAUUUAAACAUAAUUAAUAAUUUAUAUAAUUUACAUAUAUUAAAUAUAUCACAUAAUGCAAUUGUUGAUUUAUCAAUCUCAAUUACAUUAACACAAUUAACUCACGUUUAUUUACAGAACAAUAAUAUAUCAACGAUAUCAUACUCAUUCUUACCCCAAUCGAUAAAAUAUAUCGAUAUAUCGUACAAUAAUCUAAAUUACAUACCAGAAAACUUUAAUAACUUAUUUAAAUUACAAUAUAUCAAUUUAUUUGGUAAUCGAUUAUUAUGUACAUGCUUUAAUUAUAUAUCAAUCAAUAAUUUAUUAAAACGAUUGAUUAUCGUUGAUUACAACGCUUAUUGUAAUGAUGCGUUGAUCAAAUGGGAUCAAUUUAACAAGGAUGUGAAAUGUAUUGAAGGACAUGGCACACAAUAUUUAAAUGAUGCAGAAGGUUCAGGGGAUGUUGAAUCAACUGUUGAUUCAAUUGAUCAACAAUUAAAAACACAAGAUUUAGAUAACAUGAUUGAAUUAUCGAAUAAUGGUGGAAAAUUAGAAGAUGAUGAUUUAAAUGAAUUUAUACCGGUGAUUAGUACUGAAUCAACAAUAUCAAAAUCAACAACUAUGAAAAAUGAUGACUUGAUUAUCGGUGGUGAUAAACGUAUGGCUGAUUUUUAUUUUAAUGAUACAAGUAAUACAAGUCAUGACGAAGAAGAAGAAUCUGGUUCAGGGGAUGAUCAACUUAUAUUGUCAUCUUCAACCAAUGAUUAUUCGGAUGAUUUGAUUGUUCCAUCAGUCAAUAUGACAGAAGAUGCUAGUCAGCCAACUGUUGAUGUAUUUACGGAAUCAUCAACCGAUGAUAAUCAAACUGAAGAAAUCGUAGGGGAAGAUGAUAAUGAUGACGAUGAUUACGGAUCAGGUUCUGGAUCAGGUGCAAUCGAUCCAUCUGAAUUUGAUUAUGAUUUCAUUGGUUCUUCUUCUUCAUCAACAACAGAAAGUGAAGGUAGUUCUUCAACAACAGAAGCUGCUGAAGUUCCUAUUAUUUUUGUUAAUGAAGUUUCAACAACCACUACCACUGAAGCAACACCGUCACCGUCAACUGAAGCAACUUCAUCAACUCAAGCAACAUCAACAUCAACUUCAACUGAAAGCCCAAAAAUUGUAACAGAACCACCAAUUAUAAAAGUGGAAAGGAAGAUGAACUCAGAGGUGGAACGUGUUCUAACGAGUGGUAAUGGAUCAAUGGAUAAUAUAAAUGAGGAAUUAGGGCAAGUUGUUAAAGAAGCAAAUACAUCACCGUCGAUGGGAACAUACGCAUUUUUAACUAUUUUGGUGGUCGUUUUGAUUGCUUUGAUUGGUUACACUGUAAUUAAACGUAGAGUUAAUCAUCAGAAUCAACAUAAUAAUAAUAAUCAACAUUUGUCCACUGGACGUGCACGUAAUGGUGGUACAACUGAUGCAACUGGAAAUAAUGGUCUCAAAAAGAAAAGCAAGGAUGAUGUGGAUAACGAUAAAUACGCACACGAAAUGACUGACAUGCGCCCUGGUGAUGAUGACAAAGUAGUUGCUUUAUUAAAUCAAGAAAAUGAAACAAAACGUAAACCAAACAAUGGAACGGUCGUGAACGAGAAAUCACCCAUGAUGAAUAAUCCAGACGAAGGCUACAUGGAUACUCCGCUAAGUAUACCAACACCCACAACAAGUGCGGACACUCAACCACCUCCAACACCAUCACCCAGAAACUUGGAUAGUGCAGCGGGAAAUGGAGCGGUUGAAAAAGUUAAAAUAACAAUGACGGAGUUAACCGAUUCCAUACCGAAAACACCGGUGCUUGUGACACGUACCAAAUCAUUUACAAAAGAUGGUCCACAAAUAAUUGUCACACCGAAUUUAAAUCAACGACCUAAUGUAUAGAAAACAUCACUUUUGUUAUUUUCUAUUUUAAUACCAAAAAACAAAAAACGAUUAGGACCGUUUUUUAUUUUCAAAAUUUUACACACUAAUCCAGAGUUUGUUUCAUUUUGUUUAUCCAAAAUACAUCAACAUUUAUUUUAUCGAAAUCGGUUCAGUUUUUUUGGUCAGUUCACCUCUGUCGGUUCACACUCAAUUAUUGCGAAAUAUUUUCGAUUUAAAAAAAAUUCUCAAACGAAAAGUUAAAAUUACUCCAGCCACAACUUUUUCUAGUGGGUAAAAGGAGGGAAAGAAAACAAGUUAGUAACAUUAAAUUUUAAUGGGAGUCAAAGUGACUCUCAUUAGAAAAAAUCUACAGUGAACCGAUUCCAGGAAUAAUUUUCGAGGACGGUUUAGAUUAAUCUCC